GGCUGCCGCGGGAGAGGCUCGCACAGCGGCGGAGCGGGCGGCCGAGCGCGAGCAAGGCGGCGGCGGGGACAGCGGCGACAGCAGCGGCGGCGGCGGCGGCGGCGGCGGCGACUCCGGCUACCCCUCCUAGAGCGACAGAGACAGACGCUCAGGGACCAACAGUGUUGACUCGGGGAGCUCCUUCCUGUGGCCUCCUAGCUGCCCCACUGCCUUCUCCCUUCAGCCUGGAUUGGUGACACACGGCCGCUGGAGAUAUUUCCAGGUAAUGAACUGCCGAGUUGGAGGACGGCAGAGAUCGGGUAACUGGCACUUUGGUUUGCUGGCAUGGGAAACUUGCUCAAAGUCCUGACCCGGGAAAUUGAGAAUUAUCCGCACUUUUUCCUGGAUUUUGAAAAUGCCCAGCCUACAGAAGGAGAGCGAGAGAUAUGGAACCAGAUCAGUGCUGUCCUCCAAGAUUCCGAAAGCAUUCUCACAGACCUACAGGCUUACAAAGGCGCAGGACCAGAGAUCCGAGAUGCCAUUCAAAACCCCAAUGACAUUCAGCUUCAAGAAAAGGCUUGGAAUGCGGUCUGCCCCCUGGUCGUGAGGCUGAAGCGGUUUUAUGAAUUUUCCAUCCGGCUUGAAAAAGCUCUUCAGAGUUUACUGGAAUCUCUGACAUGUCCUCCCUACACACCAACCCAACACCUGGAGCGGGAGCAGGCCCUGGCCAAGGAAUUUGCAGAAAUCUUACAUUUUACCCUUCGAUUUGAUGAGCUGAAGAUGAGGAACCCAGCUAUUCAGAAUGACUUCAGUUACUAUAGAAGAACAAUAAGUCGCAACCGUAUCAACAACAUGCAUCUAGACAUUGAGAAUGAAGUGAAUAACGAGAUGGCCAAUCGGAUGUCCCUCUUCUAUGCAGAAGCUACGCCGAUGCUGAAGACGCUUAGCAAUGCCACGAUGCACUUUGUCUCAGAGAAUAAAACCCUGCCCAUAGAGAAUACCACAGACUGCCUCAGUACGAUGACCAGCGUCUGCAAGGUCAUGCUGGAGACACCGGAAUACAGGAGCAGGUUUACAAGUGAGGAGACACUCAUGUUCUGCAUGAGGGUGAUGGUGGGGGUCAUCAUCCUCUAUGACCACGUGCAUCCCGUGGGAGCUUUCUGCAAGACAUCCAAGAUUGAUAUGAAAGGCUGCAUAAAGGUGUUGAAGGAACAGGCCCCGGACAGUGUGGAAGGGCUGCUGAACGCUCUCAGGUUCACUACAAAGCACUUGAAUGAUGAAUCGACUUCCAAACAGAUUCGAGCAAUGCUUCAGUAGAGCCCUGCUCCCAGAAGAGGAUCUGUGUGCUGACCUCAGAAGAUGUAUAUGUUUACAUAAUUUAAUACAGAUUGAUGUUAAUACUUAUGUAUUUACAUAACCAUUUCCUUCUUGUCACUGAAAUAUAUGGACCUUAAUUUGUAUCCUGACUGACUCAACCCAGCAGAGCAUAAAUUGUCUUGAGAGCCUUA